AUGGACAGGAAGCGGGAACCAGAUGAGUAUAUUAUGACAUCACUUAUAUUCGGAUCUAAAUCAUCGCCUACUAGCGCUAUAUACGUUAAGAACAAAAAUGCAGAGACCUACAAAGAUGCUAUGCCUGAAGCCGUGGAGUCAAUAAUAAAAAAUAGUUAUGUCGAUGAUUUCUUGGACAGUUACCAAACACCAGAGGAAGCAAUGAAGAUUAUCAAUCAGGUUUCCGAAAUUAAUCACCAAGCAAAUUUUCAUAUGCAUACAUGGGUCAGUAAUAACAAAGAAGUGGUGAAAACUCUCCCAUCAAAUGAUACGACAAACAUGAAGAACAUAAAACUUGAUUUAUCCACAUCCACACAUAGUAAAUAUGAGAAGGCACUUGGAUUGAGAUGGGAGACAACAACAGACAUGCUUAAAUUCAACGUCAACAUACAAACUGUGUCACCAAAAUUACUUGAAGGGAAAAUUAUUCCCACUAAAAGAGAAUUUUUAAAAGUAAUUAUGUCGAUUUAUGACCCACUAGGAUUUAUAUCUCCUGUUACAAUAAAAUCCAAAAUUAUUCUGCAAGAUGUGUGGGCAAGUGGUGUCAAAUGGGAUGAAAAAAUUCAAGAAGCUGAAUUUAAAGCCUGGAAGAUUUGGUUGAAUGAACUUCUACAAGUAGCUAAGUGUUCCAUUCCUCGAUGUUACACAUCAAAAUACGGUAUGAAGAAAGUAACUGAGCUACACAUAUUUUGUGACGCCAGCAUAAAGGCAUAUUCCGCAGUCGCAUAUUGGAAAUUUCAAUUUGAAGAUGGGACAAUAGAGACAAAUAUUAUUAUAAGUAAAAGCAGAGUUGCACCGCUCAAACCAAUAUCUGUACCAAGACUCGAAUUACAAGCUGCUCUAUUAGGAAGUCGCUUAGCGAGAUCCAUCGAAGCGGAACACACCAUAAAGGCUGACCGACGUGUGUUCUGGAGUGACUCCCGUACUGUUCUAGCGUGGAUAAAAACUAACCCAAAAAUUUAUCACACCUUUGUGGCCCAUCGGUUGGGCGAAAUAUGUGAGCUGACGAAUAUUGCCGAGUGGAGAUGGAUACCAACGAACUUGAACCCAGCAGAUCAUGCGACACGCUCAACGAGUCCUAGAAUUGACACUAACACGGAAUGGUUUACCGGACCUGCCCUUUUGAAGUCAGAAAAUAUUACAUUGCCAAAUGAAGAUCAUUUCAUUGAUGAAGAUCACCUAGGAGAAAUAGAAAAGGAGCGGAAAUCAGCAGUGGUUCUGACUUGCCAUGCGCAGCCAAGUAUUCCGGAAGCUAAUCGAUUUUCAAGUUGGAAACGAUUAUUAGGAAGCACAGCAUGUACCUUGCUAGCAAUAGAGAAAUGGAAAAGGAAAAGGAACACGCAGUUAACCGUAAAUCAUUACACCAGGGCAGAAACUUCGCUAUUUAAAGAAGUACAAAGACAAAGUUUCCAGAAGGAAAUAUCCGCAAUACGGAAAAGGAAUCAAGUUGAGAAGAAUAGCUCAAUAAAAUCUUUGAUGCCAAAACUAGAUAGUGAUGGGUUAAUCAGAGUAUGUGGUCGAAUACCCAGUAACUCAAGACUGGAAAUAGAAAACGAGCCUAUCAUCCUAGAUGGAAAUCAUCAAAUUACCCGUUUGUUGAUAAAGGAAUAUCACAUCAGGAUGAAACAUGGUAACAAUAAUACUGUUAUCAAUGAGCUACGUCAGAGGUUCUGGAUAACCAAGUUAAGAGCAACUUUAAAAUCGAUAGUUACAAAAUGUGUAUUCUGCAAAUUGCGAAGGGAGAAACCAAAAACACCAUUGAUGGGUAAUUUACCAGAGGCACGAUUGGCUUACCAUCUACGACCGUUUACACACUGUGGAGUGGAUUACUUUGGCCCAAUGUGGGUGGCCGUAGGUCGAAGAAGAGAGAAAAGAUGGGGUGCUUUGUUCACUUGGAUGACCACAAGAGCCAUACAUCUUGAAAUAGUCCACACUCUUACAUCAGAUUCAACUCUACUGGCCCUACGCCGAUUGAUCGCACGAAGAGGACAACCGCGAAUUAUGUAUUCGGACAAUGGGACCAACUUUAGAGGACUAGACAAUGAAUUGAGAGCAAAAUUGAAAACUUUAGAUACUGAGAUACAAACUAAAUUUGCUAUUGAAAAUAAUAUUCAGUGGAGGUUCAUACCACCAGACACGCCUCAUAUGGGAGGCGCUUGGGAAAGGAUGAUCAGGUCCGUAAAGGUGUCAUUAUCAAUUAUAUUGAGAGAGCAAGCACCUCGCGAGGAAGUGUUACUGACAUUGUUUGCCGAAAUAGAGCAGUGUGUCAAUUCAAGACCACUCACACAUGUUUCACUCAAUCCCAAGGAUGAAGAAGCACUAACUCCUAACCAUUUCCUCAUAGGAACCUCCUCUAGCCAAACACUGAAUUCCCGAUUUGAUAUGCUUGCCGAAUGCAACUGGUCCCAAUGGAGAAAGGUUCAAAAUUUUGCAGAUGCCUUUUGGAAGAGAUGGUUGAGAGAAUAUUUGCCAACAUUAUUGCCACGGCAAAAAUGGACAACGGAAAGCAAUCCUUUGGAAAUAGGCGAUGUCGUAUUAAUAGCAAAUACUCAAGAGCCAAGAAACUCAUGGCCGAAAGGAGUGAUUGAAAAGGUGUAUCCUGGUACUGAUGACCGUAUUCGCGCAGUGACAGUAAGAACAACGAAGGGUACCUUUAUCCGAUCAUCCAAUAAAUUAAUUCGCUUGAUAAAGGCAUCAGAAGUACAAGGACCUUGA